CUAACCCAUUGGUCAUGAAUAUUUUAUUUCACAACUUGUCCUUUUUUAUGGUUUCUUUAUUAUACUCAUCAAUCCCCAGAAAAAUAGAGGACUGUACUGUCUUCCCAAAGAGAGAGAGAGGGACGCUCAACGGAACAAUAAUGCUGUAAAAAGCUGCACGCUUUUAGUUGUAGAGAUAGACGAUAAAGAGAACCCAUAGGCAGGCAGGCACUACAAUACGGCUUCGUGCCUCGCGUGAUCUGCCCCUCUGUCCAGAAUGAGGCUGGGGGUUGGGUGUCCUGGAGUCCCGGAAUGUAACGGCGGCGCCGCGACGGAAGAAGGCGGCGGCGCGGCGGCGGUUGUGGUGGUCGGAGUGAAGCUGGACUGUCGGAGCCGGGAGCUGCUGACCUGGGCGCUGGUGAAGGUGGCGCAGUGUGGCGACUGUGUUAUUGCUCUCCAUAUCCUCGAUCCGAACGCCGGAGUUUUCUCACGGUACUGGAGUGACGAUAGGUCUUGUGAGAUAGUAGAUAAAUCGACGCUGCUUUCGUUGGUGAAGAAUUUCGAUUCGGUGCUUGCUGCAUAUGAAGGAUUUUGCAACCUAAAGCAGGUGGAUCUGAAGCUAAAGGUCUGCAAAGGAUCUCCAGCGCGUAAAAUCCUUUCCUGGGAGGCCAAAUCGUGUGGCGCAACAAGUCUAAUAGUUGGUACUUCAGAAGUCCAUCACACAGUUCGGUCGAGGAUCUCUGUUGCUAAAUACUGUGCUAAGACUCUCCCAAGGAAUGUGUCUAUUAUGUGUGUUAACAAUGGUAAGGUUGUAUUCCAAAGAGAAUCAACUCCUUCCACUCACCUGGAGUUUGUAACUCUUAAUGCAUCAGAAUCAAGAUUCAAAAGGAGGAAAACCCUGGCUAGAAGCCCAUUGAGUUUACCAACCGAAGAUGUUUUAUCACCAUCAGGUAGUGGGACAGAUGGCAUCUCCAUGGUUAUGGUACCCGUUAAGAAGCAAGAAAUUCCAGAAUCUAAAUCAGCUUGGACAGUACUGCGUAAGGUAUUUUUGCAUGGCCACCAAGUAUCUGAAGCUGCUUCUCCUAAGAAAGCAGUAGCACAUUGGAAAUUUAAACUACCAAACAGACAAUCUGUUGCAGCUGUUUAUCCUGACCAGAAACAGAUUAGUGCAUCCAUUAGGGGUGAUUAUCGUUUAACUUUGGAUGAAGAGAAGGGUGCAAAUGUACCGUUUUCAGAUAAUACUAACCAUGAUGCUUGUGCCAAUAAGAUUUUCUUGGAAGAACUUAGAGGCCUUGGGGAGAAAUACUCAACAAUAUGCCGAUUGUUUAGCUACCAGGAACUCCUGUUUGCUACAAAUAAUUUUUCACCUGAAAACUUGAUUGGGAAAGGGGGAUGCAGCCGAGUUUAUAGGGGCUGUCUACCUGGAGGCAAAGAGAUAGCUGUAAAAGUCUUAAAGCCAUCAAAGGAUGCCUUGAAACAUUUUGUUUCAGAAAUUGAAAUUAUUACGUCUUUUCAUAAAAAGAACAUUAUAUCUUUGUUAGGCUUUUCUUACAAGGAGAGCCAACUACUUUUGGUAUACAAUCUUUUACCCAGAGGAUGCCUGGAAGAGAAUCUCCAUAGUACUCCAGAAACUGGAAAUAUAAUUGGUUGGGAGGAGAGAUAUAAAGUUGCUUUGGGAGUUGCAGAGGCACUGGACCAUCUACAUAGUGCAUCUGAACCAAUUAUUCAUAGAGAUGUUAAAUCUUCAAAUAUCCUUUUAUCAGAUGAUUUUGAGCCACAGCUGUCAGACUUUGGUCUUGCUGCCUGGGCUUCUAGCUGCUCACAUCAUAUGGAUACCUCUGAUGUAGUUGGAACGUUUGGCUACUUGGCUCCAGAGUAUUUCAUGGACGAAAAACUGAACGAAAAAAUCGAUGUCUAUGCAUAUGGUGUUGUACUCCUUGAGCUCUUGUCUGGUAGAAAGCCAAUUGAUGGGGCACUUGCAAAGGGCCAGGAGAGCUUGGUGUUGUGGGCAAAGCACAUUGUGAAGGAAGGGAAAAUUUCAGAAUUGCGAGACCCAAAUUUGAUUAGUGCUUGUGAUGAUCAAUUUGAGAAAAUGGUCUUAGCAGCAACUCUCUGUAUCAGGCACCUGCCUCAAUCACGUCCAGAAAUUAGCCAAGUCCUAAAACUACUGCAUGGAGAUAAAGAAGUUAUUGAGUGGGCAAGGCAAGAAGCUAAUUCUUCUUCAGAAGAUUUUGAUGUUUCCAGUGGUGACCUAUCAGCAACAAACAUCCAAUCAUUCAUUAAUCUCGCUUUGCUUAAUUUGGAAGAUGAUGUGACUUCCAUUAGCAGCUCUGAGCAUAACAAUAUCUCGGUGGAUGACUACUUGAGUGGCCGGUGGAGUUAUUUAUUGAGAUUUAGUGGGUUUGAGAUCAAAGGCAGAAAAAUUAAUAUACUUGCCAAAUCAGUUCUUAAACCCUCGCCACCCCCGUCGCAUACUCGCAUUCCCAUCUCAUCUCGGAAUCUCCCUCUGGCCACCGCUGCCCGCUGCUCUCAGUCACGCCCGCCGCUGAUUUCCGGUCGCUCCGGACUGCCACGACAACAAUUGCUCCAGAAGGCCACGGCCACGGAAUACGCUGUAAGCCAUUUUCUUCUUGUAAUCUUGUUUGAUUUAUUCAAAGUAACUGUUGAAGGGCCGAAAAAUGGAUGUAUUGGUGGUAAGGGCGCAGAGGUAGUGAAAAUUGGGGCCGAAAAAAGAGUGAAAAUUGUGUUCCCUGUUGCCCGUCUAAGGGCCUCGCCGCCUCGUACUGCGGGCCGAGGGUUCGGGCCUGAAGGUGAGGGUAAGGGACUGAGGGUAAUCGGAUGA